GCUUCGUUCUCUCUCAUUAAACCCUUUCUCUGUUUCUUUUUCCACAGCCGCCGCCUUGGCCAUGCUUUGCCGCCUGAGAAUGUCACUGCCACCACUAAGGCGGCUCAUCAGUGUCAGAAGAGCCUACGGAUCAAGCGCUGCGGCUCAGCUCCAGUACGACUACGACUACGACUACGAAGAAGACGAAAGCGAAUUGUAUCGUGAUGGCAAUAGGUCGAUGGAAGACUCUGAGGAAUCGGUAUCGGGGAGGGGAGUGCAUUGGGUGAUAAUAGGGGAUCCAAUGGUGAAGAGGCACGAGUACGCCGAGAGGCUGUCGAAGCUUCUUGAAGUUCCCCACAUUUCCAUGGGCGCCCUGGUUCGUCAAGAACUCCACCCUCGCUCUUCUCUCUACAAAGAGAUUGCAAAUGCUGUGAACCAAGGGAAGCUUGUUCCAGAAGAUGUCAUAUUUGGCCUGUUGUCAAAGAGGCUGGAAGACGGAUACUACAGGGGCGAAACUGGGUUCAUAUUGCAUGGAAUUCCUCGAACAAGGGUCCAAGCUGAGGUCCUCGACCAAAUUGCUGACAUAGAUCUAGUUGUCAAUUUCAAAUGCUCAGAAGAUUGCUUGGUGAAACAGCAUUUGGGAAGUGGAGUUCAUUCUCCUUCUCAAGAUUUUCUUAGCAUGGGCAGCUCUGGACCAAAUUUAAAUAUUCCGUCACACGACAAUAAGACCAAAGAUUCUAGUGUCGAAAUAGAAGCUGUCUUGAAAGAGAAACUCCGUUUAUAUGCGGAGCAGAGGAAGCCAUUAGAAGACUACUACAGGAAACAGGAAAAGCUUCUCGACUUUUCAGUGGCUGGUGCACCUGGAGAAACCUGGCAAGGUCUUUUGGCCGCGUUGCAUCUUCAGCAUAUGAGUGCUGUCAGUUGUUCACAGAAGUUGACUGCAUGAUCUGGCUGCACUGAUCCCCCCAUUUACCUUAUCUUCAUUCUUAUUCCGGCAUCAUAUAGUAAAUACAAAGAAAAUGAGUGUAAUAGAGUUAGCUGCAGUUUUGCAUCUCCCAUUUGAUUUUGAUAAAUUUUUGUUUGCCGUGAUAAACUUUGACAAAAUGAGUGAGUAAUGUAGUUUCUGUGGGAAGAUGAGAAGCAGAUGAGAAGAAUUGAGGCAUGUUUUGGCAUUAUUUGA